CCCGCUCGCGGGGAUCCUUAUUCUGCGCGCAGGGCCAGGGACUCGCACCCCGCCGCCGCAUCUCCUCUGCCUUCUGGUCACCACGCACCCCGGCCCGGCUGAGGGCCGUCGGGUAGUCGGGGGAGAGGGCGUCGCUGGCGAAAGCCCCGUGCCGCUGCCCAGAGGAGGAGAACGGAGCGCGCCCCCCAAGUCCUCGGAAGAGAAGAGGGACGGGGUUCGGUGGGCCCCGGGGCGGGUAUGGGAGGGGACGUGGGCGACCUGGGAGCAGUUCUCCGCAGCCUGGAUUUUCCCGGCCGCUUUCCGCCCUGAGGCAGCCCGGGGCCGCUCCGGUCCCACCAGCCCCCGCCAGCUCCGCUUCCGGGGGCCACGACCCCCGCCCGACUUCAGCCGCGGUGCGCCUCCCGCCGACUCCGACUCGGGGACCAGGAGACUGGAGUCUGGUUGGCCGAGGCCCGCAGGCCGCGGCGCAAGUUCACGCUCCCGCCGUCGAGGGCCGUGGAAGCGGCGUGGGCGUAGGCUGGUCCCCGCGGCUGGGGGCGGGGACGCCGGGCGGACUUGACCGUGGGCGCCAAGCGUUCGGGCCGCGUGGCGCGGGCUUUAUGUAAAUGGGGGCUGCGCCGGGCGUCCUAGGUAGGAUGGACCAGCCCCCCGCGCCCGGGCCCUCACGUCCAAUAAGAAGAGCCCCAGCUUGACACCUGCCUAUAUACAGGCGAGCGCGCCCCCGGGCCGCGGACCGCGCGCACACCCCGCACCGCCCCACGCCGCGGGCGAGCGACACCCGGCCCGCCACCAUGACUUCCAGCAAGAUAGAGAUGCCCGGGGAGGUGAAGGCCGAUCCCGCCGCUCUCAUGGCGUCCCUGCAUCUCCUGCCGUCGCCCACACCCAACCUCGAAAUCAAGUACACCAAGAUCUUUAUAAACAACGAAUGGCAGAACUCAGAGAGUGGGAGAGUAUUCCCUGUCUAUAAUCCAGCCACAGGAGAACAGGUGUGUGAAGUUCAAGAAGCAGACAAGGCAGAUAUAGACAAAGCAGUGCAGGCAGCCCGCCUGGCUUUCUCUCUUGGUUCAGUGUGGAGAAGGAUGGAUGCUUCAGAAAGAGGACGUCUGUUGGAUAAGCUUGCAGACUUGGUGGAACGGGACAGGGCAGUUCUUGCAACCAUGGAAUCCCUAAAUGGUGGCAAACCAUUCCUGCAAGCUUUUUAUGUGGAUUUGCAGGGUGUCAUCAAAACCCUUCGGUAUUAUGCAGGCUGGGCUGAUAAAAUUCAUGGGAUGACCAUUCCUGUAGAUGGAGACUAUUUUACCUUUACAAGACAUGAACCCAUUGGAGUGUGUGGACAGAUCAUCCCAUGGAACUUCCCCCUGCUGAUGUUUGCCUGGAAAAUUGCUCCAGCCUUGUGUUGUGGCAAUACAGUGGUUAUUAAGCCAGCAGAGCAGACACCACUCAGUGCACUCUACAUGGGAGCCCUCAUCAAGGAGGCGGGCUUUCCUCCCGGAGUCAUCAAUAUUUUGCCAGGAUACGGGCCAACGGCUGGAGCAGCAAUAGCUUCUCACAUUGGCAUAGACAAGAUUGCGUUCACAGGAUCUACUGAGGUUGGAAAGCUUAUCCAAGAAGCAGCUGGAAGAAGUAAUUUGAAGAGAGUAACUCUGGAACUUGGAGGGAAAAGUCCUAAUAUUAUCUUUGCUGAUGCUGACUUGGACUAUGCUGUGGAGCAGGCUCACCAGGGUGUGUUCUUCAAUCAAGGCCAGUGCUGCACUGCAGGGUCUCGAAUCUUCGUGGAAGAGUCCAUCUAUGAGGAGUUUGUGAGGAGAAGCGUGGAGCGGGCCAAGAGGCGCAUAGUGGGGAGUCCCUUUGACCCCACCACUGAGCAGGGUCCCCAGAUCGAUAAGAAACAGUACAACAAGAUCUUGGAACUCAUCCAGAGUGGUGUGGCUGAGGGCGCCAAGCUGGAAUGUGGAGGCAAAGGACUGGGCCGAAAGGGGUUUUUCAUUGAGCCCACAGUGUUUUCCAACGUCACUGAUGAUAUGCGGAUUGCCAAGGAGGAGAUCUUUGGCCCUGUUCAGGAAAUUUUGAGAUUUAAGACAAUGGAUGAAGUUAUUGAAAGAGCCAAUAACUCAGACUUUGGACUGGUAGCAGCCGUCUUUACUAACGACAUCAACAAGGCCCUCACAGUGUCUUCUGCAAUGCAAGCUGGGACUGUUUGGAUCAAUUGUUACAAUGCCCUAAAUGCCCAGAGCCCCUUUGGGGGAUUCAAGAUGUCUGGAAAUGGGAGAGAAAUGGGGGAAUUCGGCUUGCGAGAGUACUCAGAAGUAAAGACUGUGACAGUAAAGAUCCCCCAGAAGAACUCCUAAGAAGGCCCAGAAGGAAGAUGAAGCCCAGCCUGCACGUCUGUCCCUCUCUGCUUUCUCUGUAGGAUCCAGCUCUCAGGAAUACAAAGUUGAGCCACGGUCUUUAUUUAAAGAUUGAAAUAACAUGUAGGCCAGGCAGGUCACUGCACAACUAAAGCAAACCAGUUGGGUACAGUUUCCUGGCACUCUGUAAGGGGUCACCUUAAUGAUACCAAAUAUUGGGCAAAGUGGGAUAAAGGUAAGAGGAGGAGCUAGCAGACACAGCCAGUAUCUCUUUCUGGAGCACAGGAUGAAAUAAGGGAGGUGUAUUGUUUGAUGCCUUUAUCACAAAGAACUUUCCUCUUAAGGAAAGGUGACCUUUCUACUUUCUUCAUUUUCUUCCUUCCAUGCCCUCCCCACUCACCCACCCCUCCCUCUCUUCCAGUGAGAUCUCAGCUGAGCUAAGUUUGGGGCAGAUGUUUGGGCCGUGAACAAUUUUCCAAGAUUUUAAAGCCAAAUUACCAUUUCAUGUUACCCAUUUCUUCAAAGCAAAACAUGAAAUGGUUUUAGUUAAGAGUCAGACCAGAAUGAAAAUGCCAGGAGCUGGUCCACUACAGAUGUAAUAAGAACCUAGGAUAUUACUGACCCAAUCUGGUUUUCUUACAUCCAUAAAUAACAUGAAUGAAAAAAGAUUGGGACAAUAGAGACUGGAAGUCAUCACGUGUAGUUCACAGCUUCUGAGCUUGCUACACAGUUUUGGGGGUGGGGUGUGUGUGUGUGUGUGUGUGUGUGUUUGUGCGUAUGUGUGUGUGUGUGUGUCUGUAUACUGGAUUCCUUCUUGGCUAUUCUGGAUAAGGCAAGGGGUGAGCUGUUUUUUAUAGCCAGAUAAGAUCUUUUCUAAAGUUUAUCAUAGAACCAACCAAAAACAAUUCGAGUAGGCUCAAGAAUUUGAUAAUGCUGGCUUCCUUGCAGACAUAAUUCAGUUGCUAAUAGUGGGCAAGCAAUUAUUAAAUGAGUUAUUUCUGUAGUCGGAAUCUGUAGCUUCUUUUGAACCCCAGCUCCCUACACCAAUACCUGCUACUCCAGUGCUGUGGGUGUGAUUUUGAUCUAUCACACUUUACCAACGUGCCCUACAUCUACUGGCAGAGACCUUGGAAAAUCUGGCCAAGCUUAGGGGUUUCCUUUUCCAUUUGCUGAGUUCCAUUGUUCCAGGACUGCCUUGCUCCACUGAGCUCCUCUGUCACACCCAGUGGCUCAUCCACUAUGCCAUUCUUGCCCCUCACUGAGCAGGCAGUGGCCUACAGCCUGGGGGAAGUAAAGCAGGCCCACCUCCCUUUGUUACCAACUACAUGCUCUUCUUCUGCUUUCCAGCGACUCCACCAGUUUGAUGUGGGACAUAUUAGCUUCCUUUCCUUCUUCCAUCUUUCCACCUGCCAAAUCCAAUCCAGUUUCUAACCUAGAUGCAGAUCAUUUAUUUCAAAGUACCAAACAUAAUCUAGAGUAUGUGGAAUAUGGGCAACAUAUAUAUAGCCUUCCGUAUGUAACGAUUUUCUGCUUCCUAACCAUACCAAUGUUCUAACUCUUACCUAACCAUGAUGUUUUCAAGUCUCUACUUGCUGUUACUUACAAACGACAGUGCGUUCAGCAGCCCGAUGCUUUGAGCCCUGACCAAUGCCACGUUUCUGAGUUCUCCAAGUGAAUGCCACCCUCCUCCUCCAGCAUGUGUCCAAGUGGGCAUAGCCACUAACCAACUAGUUACCUUUGGACUGCAAUAUAAAAUGUGAAAAUGAAGAUUUAUUUCUUUUAAUUUACUUAAAAAAAGAAACCUCUGUGCUAGCAAUAAAGCAUUUAUAUUGUGUA